CCACGUAGCCUCCGCCGCCACCUCAGCGCACCCCCGCAGCAGCCAUGGGCAAGUCCGACUCGUCCCAGGGCAUCCUGGUGCAGAUGUUCAUCAUCUCGCCCGCCAUCUCGUGGAUCCUCAAGCCCGGCCGCUUCCCCAAGCGCCGCGCCUUCUUCUACGCCGUCGGCUUCCUCGUCGCCAUCGCCGCCGUCACCAUCGGCAUGGACCUGUACGAGCAGGAGAACAACUUCUACCACGUGGUGGGCGUCGACCGCGACGCGUCCUACAGCGACAUCAAGCGCGCCUUCCGCCAGCGCUCGGUGGAGCUCCACCCGGACAAGAACCCGUCGCCCACAGCCACGGAGGAGUUCAACCGCCUCCGCCUCGCCUUCGACAUUCUGGGAGACGCCAACAAGCGCCCGCUGUACGAUCUGUACGGCGAGAGCUCCGUGGAGAAGGACCUCUUUUCGCUGCAGAUUGAGACGCUGGUUGGAUCAUUGACGUACUACGCGAUCUGGGCCGUGCUGACGUUCGUCCUGACGCUGGGCGAGAACGCCCGCGAGGCGCGCGCGUGGUCUCUGGCCGCCGGCGUGCUCUGCUUCGUGCUGGAGCUCAACUUCAUCUACGGAGGCGCGCGUUUGCCCACGUACUUGUUCUCCAAGAUGACGAUGCACGAGUUCGUCCAUGUGAUGCACUCGGCCUUCCCGCCCUUCUUGAACGGAUGCCGCGCGAUUGGAGGAUACUUCCACCACGACCUGGCCCGCGAAAACUUCGCGCUGAGCGUUGAGCUGCUGAAGAUCAACCAGGCUAUUCUGCUGAACAUGCGCGAGCUGCAAGGAGAAGUGGCCUCGUCCUCCCGUCGUCGUCCAGAGUCGUCCAAGGCCGUCAAGGCCGACGCGCUCCCGGCUGCUGCCAGGAAGCGCUUGAAAAUGGAGAAGCACCCUGCCGCCUCCCAGUCUGAUGCCGACGCGGGCGAAAAGACUGCGGCGGCGGAAGAGCUGCGCAAAAUCGCAACUCCGGAGCCGGAGGUACAGAAGGGUGACAACGGCCUCGGCAUCCCUCGCUGGGUGUGGGGCAUCGGCAUCUACGUGGCGCUCAGCUACUUGUUCAGCUGA